AUGACGACUGGCUCCAGUCCUCGCGCUGGAGUCUCUCUCCGAAGCGAUGCCUCCAAUGACACCACGAUAACUACGCCCGAUGCCCCGCAAGCCCCCAACAAGGCACCAGCGACGGGUGUGCAGGCCGCUGGUAUGCGAGCAGUGGCUGCCAGGAUGGUCGCCUUCUACUUCCGAGCACCAGUCAAAGCCUUUUUCAGGGGAAGAAUAGAUUACAUGAGCUAUGCGAGGGCGAUAAAUCCACAUGUCAUGGCGGAUGCAAAGUGGUCGUGGAGGAUGACUACGCCGGCGGUUCUGGCGCACGCGAUACGGACUGAGGGAUGGGGGUUUAUUCCAAAGCAAGUGCUGCCACCGCUGAUGGCAAAUACUUGUAUCGGCGCCGUCCUCUACACAGCCUACCUGCACUCCCUCUCCGCCCUCCACGAACCCUCCUCCUACCAGACCAAACGCGUCUACCCGCCCCCUCCCCCAUCUAUAACCUUUGCCGCAGGCUUUAUCGGCGGCUCAUGCCAGUCCGUCAUCGCAGCCCCUUUCGACGCCCUGCAAACCCGUUUCCGCACCGCCGACAUCCUCGAAGGCCGCCACAAAACAAUGUGGCACUACGCCGGGCACAAACUGAGAUCCAUCGGCGUCCAAGGCAUCUUCGCCGGCUGGUCUCUCUCCUUCAUGAAAGACGCAUUCGGCGCCGCAGUCUUCUUCGGCACGUUCGAGACAGUGAAAAGCCAGGCGUAUCUCGAGUUCGUGAGCCGUUACUACGGAAGUCGGACGCGCGACACUCUCCUGGAGAAAUCCAUCCCCUACCUCCAAGAAGACCACGACGACCGCCCCGUUAUCCGACCCCACUACAUGCUCGAACCCAUGUUCCUCCUCCUCGCCGGCGUCUCCGCAUCCAUCACCUCCCAACUCAUCCAGCACCCCUUGACCGAAAUCCAAGACGUCCAUUACCGGCGUUUGGAAGCCCUGGAUUUCCAGGCCCACCAAGACAACAAGCCUAGUCAUAUCGUCCGCCGCUACUACCACGCCUACGAAGAAACGUUUGCCCAGUGCAAAGUUUUAGCGAAGAGGGCUGGUGGGUGGAGGAAGUAUCUCUACAGAGACUUCUUCAUGAGCACGAUUAAGCAGGUUCCCAGUACCGCGGCGGGGCUUAUUGUGUUUGAAAUUGUGAGGCGGAAGUAUAGUUUUGAGAAUGAGGAGGUUAUGAUUAUGCAUGAGGAUGCGAGGAUUUUGCUUACUUGA